AUGUUCCUUCUUGUUGUAUCGGUGUUCACCUGUGCAGCAAGGGCUGGACUGAGCCUGAAUACCUCCGACUGGUGCCCGAGCGCAUGCAAAUGCGCACCCGAAGCGGUCAUCCGCUGCGACGGAGCCGGACUGAGCGCCCUCCCUGCAGAAAUAGCCGCGUCCACCGUCUCUCUAAACCUCUCCGAUAACUACUUGCGGAUCCUGAGCCCCAACGCGUUCGGAAACCUGACUUCUCUCCGCAGCCUCUGGUUAGACGGGAACAACUUGACUUUCCUGGCCCCGGGGACCUUCCUGGCCCUCGGGCAGCUGCGGGAGCUGCACCUCAGCGGGAACGCGCGCCUCACCUCGCUGCACCCGCGCGCCUUCCGCGGGCUGCGGGCCCUCACCAGCCUGCGUUUAUCCCGCUGCAACAUCUUCGAAAUCCACCCGCUGCUCUUCUCCCCCCUGCCCUCUCUGCGCAGGCUCGACCUGGCCUCCAACCGCAUGCGCUACGUCCCGCGAGCCUUCGGGAACCUCUCCGGCCUGGCGACGCUCUCGCUGGAGGGCAACCGCAUCGAAGCCGUGGGCAGGGACUCCCUGAGGGACCUGGAAGCCCUGUACGAGCUGAACCUCAGGAGGAAUCGGAUAUGGAUCAUCCAGGUCGGCGCUUUCGCCAAGCUCCUCAGGUUGGGCGUGUUGAACUUAGGCCACAACCACAUCGCCGAUUUGCCUAAUCGGCUUUUCGACGGGCUGAUCCGGCUCAAGACCCUGCACCUGGAAGCCAACAGGCUCACGGGGCUCGGCUGCGCCCUGCGGCGGCUGCCGAACCUGAGGCACCUCUACCUCAACAACAACCGCCUCUCCUCCAUCUCCGGCGCCGCGCUCGCCCGCUCGCCCGAGCUGCGCUUCCUCCACCUGAACCGGAACAACCUCAGCUCCCUGCCGGCCCGCCUCUUCACCCGGCUGCCGAGGCUGAAGCACCUCUUCCUGUCCCACAACCCCUGGCAGUGCGACUGCCACACGCUCCGGGUCUGGAGGCGCACGGACGAGUGCGGGGCGGCCGGCGCCGGCGGGGCCCCGCGCGUCCACCCCGGCCCCCGGCUGCUGCCCGUCGCCCUCGCCGGCCUCGCCUGGGGCUGGGCGCUUUGA